AAUCCACAAAACUGUUUCGAGAAAACGAAUAGAUGCUUUCUCUGCCUUAUAGUGUUUGAUUCACAUUCGAAUAGAUUCGAUGAUUUUAUAUUAAUAUUAUAUUUAAACGGCUACACACUCAUAUACAAUCAUACAAUGUGUUUCAGAUCAAGUGGCGGGAUGAUCCCAACCACCGUGUGUGAUAAGUGUAGUGCAGCGAUCAAUGCGAUCAUAUACUAUUUACGAUACUGUACGUGUGCAAGAGUCUUCUCUAUGUCACCAUCAGUAAUGGAUCUGCACACCAAGCAGAGACAAUUUUCUGGGCAAUUGUAUAAAUACACCAAUGUCAUGAAGGGCUGGCAGUACAGGUAUUUCCUUGUUGAUGCGAAUGCUGGGUUACUGCAUUAUUACCUUUAUGAAGGUGAAAAGCCUGACAAAACUGUGCCUAGAGGAUCCGUUCAUCUGGCUGGAGCAGUGAUUUGCCCAAGUGAAGAAGAUUCAAAGACCUUCACAGUCAACUGUGCCUCUGGUGAUAUGCUGAAGUUGAGGGCAGCUGAUGCUAGGGCUAGACAGGAAUGGGUGAAUGGACUGAGAGCUGUAGCAGAAUCACACACAAAGGCAAUUAGCUCCACAAGCCCCCCCUUACCACCAAGGGAACACCUAGCAGUCCUGGAUGCCCUGAGUUGUGUCCGUUCCCAACUCCAACAAACAGAACAAGCAGAUUCUGCUCUAUGCAGAACCAUAGAAUCAUCAGGAACAAAUUUUUCUAUUGACCCAGACAUGCUAUUGCUGAAAGCUACUUCAGCAGCAUCCCUACACUGCCUCACACAGUGCAUGAACAUUCUGCAAAGAAACCAACACACCCAGCAGUCAAGAACAGGGAAAAUGUAUCAGAUAUUGUCGAAUUUCCCCGGAAAGAAAGUGAGAAAAAUGAAAUUUAAGAAAUGGAAUAGUUUGUGA